AUGGCCUCAGAUAAUAUGAUGGUGGCUGCCCUGGGUCGACCUUUCACCUUAGGGAUGCUAUAUGACGCCCGCAAAGAUGAACUCAUCCCAGGUAUCACACUGUGGGAUGAUGAUACUGUAGAAGCCAACAUUCAGGAGAGCUCUCAGCAAACCAGUGACUUUAAAGUGUCUGCGUCUGAUUCUAUAGACAAAAAGUCUUCUCUUCUUGCUGUUGACGCCUCUCUGAAGGUCAGUUUCCUGGGCGGAUUGAUAGAAGUUGGAGGAUCAGCCAAAUACCUGAACGAUCACAAGAAAUUCAAGAAUCAGAGCAGAGUGACACUUCAGUACAAAGCGACCACCGUCUUCAAGCAGCUGUCGAUCACCGGUCGUGGACUGAAGAACAUGAAACAAAAAGAUGUGAUUAAGAAGAGCUUGGCAACACACGUGGUCACCGGUAUCCUUUAUGGUGUAAAUGCUUUCUUCGUGUUCGACAGUGAGAAGUUGGAGGCGAGCAGUGUUCAGGACAUCCACGGCACCAUGAAAGCUGUGAUUCAGAAGAUUCCUGCCUCUGUGAAAGCUCGGAUCCAGCUGACUGACAAAGAAGAGGUUCUCACCAAGAAAUUCACCUGCACAUUCUAUGGCGACUUUCUCCUUGAAAGCAACCCUGCGACAUUUGAAGAGGCAGUGCAAACCUACGUACAACUUCCAAAGCUGCUGAGACAAAAGAGAGAGAGUGCAGUUCCAGUGAAGGUCUGGCUGAUGCCGCUGAAAACAUUUGACCCUGACGCUGCGCAGCUAAUGAGGGAGAUCAGCGUCGGACUAGUGGAUAAAGUUCAAGAGGUUCUGGAAAAUGUUAGGAAAUUUGAAAUGAGGUGCAACGAUUGUCUGGAGGACAAAGUGAUCAAGAAAUUUCCACAAAUUCACCUAAAGUUGAGAAGGUUCCAAGUCCUGUGUAGUCACUACACAGCUGCACUGCAACGCACACUUGCGAAGAAACUGCCGUCUGUUCGUGCAGGUAGAGAACCUGAGAGCUCACUGAGAAAACACUUUGAAGACACUGAGAGGUCGCCGUUCAGCCAUGAAAGAUUAUCAAAGUGGAUGGAUCAUAAAGAGAGAGAAAUCAAUGUCAUCAGGUUCUGUGUAGGUAUCAUGGACAAGACCAAGACGAAGAUUGUCUCAAAUAAAAAUGAGCUGGAUAGAGAGGUUCUCUCUCAGGGUGUCGACGACGCUCUGUGCUUUGUUUUCACGUCCAUGGAUGGUGAUGACCCCUGCCUUGAUGCGAUGGCCAACUACUUGGGCUCAGCUAAAUCAGGAAGCACCAGUGAAGACCCGUGGUACUUCUCAGAUAAAGUUUUAUCUGAAAUGAGAGGAAAAGCCAAAGUUUUCCAUGAUCUUGCCAAAGCGCUGAAGAACAACAGCAGAUUCUGUUUCCUUGUUGCAGCCAUAACAAAUAAGAAAUACAAAGGAGCAGCCAUCUACCAUUACAAGGACGGCAUUCUGGUCACGGACAAUUUCACAAAGCCUGACGUCACUAAUGUGAAGGCUGUGAAAAACAGAAGAGAUCUCAUCUGGUACGCCUGCGAUCUGACCCUGGACCCGAACACUGCACACAGCUACCUCACUCUGUCUCAGGGAAACAAAAGGGCGACGUGUGGAGCAUGGCAGACAUAUCCCGAUCACCCGGACAGGUUUGAUACACAUCUUCAGGUGUUGUGCAGAGAGGAGCUGACCGGGCGCCAUUACUGGGAGGUAGAGUGGAGUAAUGGCUACUCUGAUGAAGUUGGUGUAGCUGUUACAUACAAAAGAAUUGGCAGAAAAGGAGGGGGCACGUCGAGCAGGCUGGGACACAAUGCUGUGUCCUGGUAUUUUGGCCACAGAUACGGGCUUUAUGCAUGGCAUAAUGCCAAAGAGCACUGCGGCCCUCUUCACUACGAGGACUGCAGAAGGGUCGGAGUGUAUCUCGACUGGCAUGCAGGCACUUUGUCCUUCUACAGAGUCUCUUCUAACAGAUUAAGUCACCUCUACACCUUCAACACCAGAUUCACUGAGCCUGUUUAUCCAGCCAUCUGGGUUUGGCAGACAUCCAGCUCUGUUGUCCUGUGUCCUUUUGAAUAAGAGCAGUUUGAGCGCACACACUGAAAAUGUGUAGUACGCCGCCGAAACUGAGCCGGUAAAAGAUUUUCACUAACAGGUUUCACACUGUUACAAUCUAUAUUCAUAUUUCUUCUCAGUUUCUUCAUCCGUGUUUUCACCCUCACAG